AUGGACACAUUCGAAGAUGGAUCCACUGCAAGUUUCGAUGGACAAAAAUUUUUAGAGACAUUGAAGAGUUUAAAAACAAUUACCAACUGGGAGCUCGUAGAUGAGCGACGCAAAUUCAUCCAUCAAGUUUAUCCUUUAAUCGAACAAUAUUUCAGCCAAAUUCCACUACGUCUAAAUGUUCAAGACGUUUUCAGUUCCGAAGACGUCGAGCGUCUUGCCAUCGAUUGCAUCAACUUUGAGCAUGAGAUAGAAUCCAAAAGGUUCAUUGCCUUCCUGUGUAACACCGGCUAUAAGGACGAGCCCAAACUCGAUGGAGACGGCAAGCCAUCGUCGCGUCGCACAACACCAGUACAUAUUGCGGCUAAAAAGAGUCCACUCAUCUGUUUCUGUCUUUUUGAUAUAUACAACCGAUACGACGUCAAUUACACCGACGAAACUGGACUGUCGCAUUUCCAUGUGGCCUGUAUGCAUGCCUAUUUGGACGAAGCCAAGAAAUUUCUCGAGCUCGGCCAAGAUCCUAAUUGCCUCUGGCUAGAAACAGGAGAUUCACCACUACACUUGAUUCUGUCGGAAGCCCGCGAUGAUUCCUUGGAAGACAAGGAAACGGUCGAACUACUACUGAGAAGUGGUGCUGAUCUUAAUUUAGCCAAUAAGGAGGGAUUGACUCCUUUGCACAUUAUCAGCAAGAAAUACACUUCCGGGUUAAGAGAAGUUCCUGAAGUGCCGAAGAUGUUAUUCGAAAUCAGUGACGAAUUGAAUCUGCCGUUGCUGAUCGAUGCUCGUGACAAGUUCGGUAAUACACCAUUGCAUUUAGCACUGCUCAACAACAACGUUUAUGUUACUGAAAUGCUGCUGAGAAGAGGCGCCAAUCCGCAUCUGGCCAACGACGAGGGAUCGUCACCUUUGCACCUAUUUUACAUGAGACGCGAUUAUUAUGAUAUCGGUUUGAUGGAGUUAUUUUUCAAAAUCUGCGACGAAGUGCAUCUGACGAACGAGGAUUUAUAUCAUAUUUGCUUGGCGGUUGCAGGAAAGAGUUCGUGA